CCUGACGACGACAUCCCACAGCACUCCGUCUCCAUCGGCGCGCGGCCCAUCCUGGAGUGCAGCCCACGCAUAUACGCUCCUUGUCGAUGACGUCCGCUAGGAAGUGGCAAUCCAUCACCUUGCGACGGUCUUGAUUCCCCAUUCGACUGCGAAGACCAUCUCAGGCCGUGCACGUCGUGGCGAGCCUCACGAGAGCGACGGCCGCCAACCACGACUCGCUGAGAUGGAGCCCGGGGGACCAUUGCGCUCAACGGAAGGAACCGCCGAGGCACUCGAUUUCUCCUAAAGACCGGCGCGCCGGCUAAGCAUCUCUUGCGGAAGUGCAAGCCGAGGGACUGGGAAACUCGCUGCUCCCGCGCGAGCGGCCGCAUCGCAUCUCACGGUGCCGUCGAGCAGCCUGCCUCGAGCGAACCACAAUCGAAGUUGUCGAUAUGGAUACUGCCGAAUACGAUACCAACACUCUGCUUAUCUCCAAUAUUGCAUCCAUCUGCUAUCGCAUUUACGAACCCCCAACCGAAUCAUCCCAGCGCUUCGCCUCGUCGGCUCUCGAUGUCGAGAGCCAGCUGAGAAAGGACGGCCAUGUAGUAUUCUACGAAGCCUCCAGGUGCGGCAUCUGGCACUUUCGCCUCAUCGGAAAGGAAGGACAUGACAAUGUCACGAGCGAAAACCUCGACAGAACGUUGGACACAUGCGGGCACCGACUGCUACUUGGCGCGGAGGGGACUUUAGAGCCGGCGAGCCUGCAAAAGCCUCGUCCCCACCCGCAACUGACCCAGACUCCGACGACUGCCACCGCAGGCGCAUCCGCUUUCGACCAGUCUCAGCGAAGUGCGAUCCCGGGGAGUGCCUCUCAGCUUGGUGGUACCAGUUCGCAAGACCACGAAUCGCAGUCCAACGAAGUCACCGGGGGCGACUCGAAAGCGAUCUCCACCAAAAUUGUCUACGAGAGCUUCAUCACGGCUCUCCUUCUGUCGAUAUCAUCCACAUUUUGUAGCCAUUCUGGUGCUAUACCCUUGAACUAUCGCACCAUUCUUCUUCCCGCCACAGGUCCGGGCCCCGAAGACCCCGCUGAGCCUGGGCCUCGGAUCUAUCCAGUAUUGGCCACUUUGCGAGCAUAUAUCACCACUACGGGCGCUUUGGUAACUAGUUUCGUCUUUUCGCGAUGUCGAGGGCUUAUGUCGCUCUCCGACGCGGUCACCGCCAAUCUCUCCCUGCCGGGCACACCGAUCCUUGCAGCCCCAUUCGGGGCUAUGAUAAAGAACCAGUCCUCUCCGGGCGCGGAUGCGGGGUCCGCAAGCUUGGCUCAAACGCCGAAUACCCAAGCAUUGAGCCUCCGCGGCGGGUAUGAUGCACACGACUCCAUGUGGAAGCAAGCUUGCUUGAAAAUCCUGAAAUUACGCGGUGUUGAUCCAGCCAGCCUCUCAGAUUGUACCUGGGUGCAUCUUCUCGUGCCCAAACCAAGGCUCGUCGACGUCAAGCUUGACCAGCGGCGGCAGCAAUCGCUCGGCUGCACCGUCACGUUACCUUGGCCGGGCCCCCUUUGCUUUCGCAAACGAGUGGUCGAAGUAUCGGCCACAAGCCGAGUUGGCGACAAUCUUCUUAGUGGUCACGAGGAAAGCCACGAUCCGUUGGGCGAUGCCAGGGGCUGGUUCAAUUCUGCGCCUGAGAGAGAGGAGAAACUGUCAAAGCGCAAACUCGAGCGAGCGGCGACAGCGAAGGACGCGGCCUUGGGCGAUGCUCGCGCUCCACGACCUAGCGUGCCAUCACCUGCGACCAUCCGACGACCGAGUGCGACGGCAGCCGGUGCAAUCUAUCCGACCCCGCCUGAUGGCGUGCAACAUCUGAAUGGCAUAACGCCGUCAUUUGACGGUACCUUGUCAAGCCCCGGCAACCCCAUGUCUGCCGUUCCGUUGCCUGACGUGGACCCAGUCUCGUCAAGUACAAACAACACGAGCGAGGCCUUCGAUAAUUCUGACGAUUUUCACGACUCAAAACGACAAAGGAAUGACGUGAACCUCCUCAGCGAUGCCGAUCACAUGUUUGGCGAUCUGGGAGGUGACAUGUUCGGUGACAAUGAUAUCACGGACGCCGACUUCAACUUUUUCGACGAGGCUCCCGAGGAAGAGGACCUCGAGAUUGCUAUGGAUGAUGCCGAUGACAACGCCGUCGACGAUGGUGAUAUUCAGAAGACAGACGAAGCAACACUGAACACAAUAGACGUGAAGGCUGAGCCUGUCCCAGGUCGGGACGAUGCAGUCUUUGCAAAACCAGAGCUGAAGCAUGCUAGGAGCUCUCGAAACGAGAACGCACCGCAACGGGGCAUAGACAUACGCUCAGGCUCGGUCAAGCGAGAGCCGAGUCCGUUCGAUCCGCACACAGUUUUCAAGCGUGUCCGAGCCUCUUUGACGGACGCUGGACGGCACAUACACACGCCCUCGCUUGCUGACGUGAAUCGGACGACAAGAACGUUUGAAAGUAUGAGCUUCGACCCGACGCUUCCGAUGAUUAACAAAAAGUACGAGCAGGGGGGGCAGUUCGACUACAAAAAGAUUGCCAGCACUGAAAAGCCACGAUUGGAGCCAGGGUUGCUGCCGGAGACCGACUACCUCAAACGCCACGGAAGGCACCUAAAGAGAUUGAGAGAUCGCGACCUGCAGACCGGCUUGGUGGCCAAGACCUCAACAGCACUCGAGUCUCAUACGAGUCGCCUGAGUCCGACGAGGAUGGAGAACUCUCCAUCUGAGGAUGACGACAGCAGCGCUGGAUCUGAUGAAGAUGGUUCAAGCUAUACGACAGAAGAACCGACCUCGCCGGUCAAGUCUAGCGUCAAAGUUGUUGCUGCCGACGACGACGUCGCGUCGCAAGUGACGUCGGCACGAGACUUGGAAACUUUCGAGGAACCAGACCAUCAACUCGCAGCGGAGCUGCCUAGACUUUCCAAGCCGGACGCUGUUGAGCUCCCGCUUUGCCAAUUGUUUUCGGACCCAGAGCCGAUACCGCUCGACCUUUCUCUUGGCGACGAAGACUUUAUUCAAGUUGCCCAAAUAUUGACCGAUCAAGCGGCAAUCGGGAAACUUGAUAUCUGCUCCACAGACGACGCGGACUCGCUGGGGGGCUCUGGGAGCCUCAGUUCUCAGAUGCGGCCUUGCGACGCGCGAAAUGCCCUGCAACGGCUGCGGGAUUCAGUCCCGGCGCUGUUAAAGGAUGCAAGGCCGGUGAGCCUGAAAGCGCUCCUCGACGUUCUGGAUGUGCCUUUUGUUGGCCAGUCUAGCCGUGUUCAGCCACGUCCUGUGCCUGGCAGGGAUCCAAACUCGGAGCAGGUGCGGCCGAGCAAUCUUUACCAGAUUCCUGGCCCACAUCUCGAGGUUCGCAGAUCAGAUGUCAAACUGUCAGUCUUGCCUAGUGCUGUUACUUUCUGGGAAAGUCUGGGCCUAGCGCCAUCAUCGGGUCGUAAGAACUUGAACGCCGUCUGUUUGUUUCCGGGCUGGCCCGGCAUGAAUGACAACGUCAAAACAUUCCUGGGCCGCCUAAAAAGUGUGUACGAAGUCUUGAAGCUCGGCUCACUGGACAGCAUGCCGCUCACUGCAGACCUGGAUGACGGAGUGUUACCCUACGAGGUAGACAGGAUAUCGACGUCGCCGGAUGCCACGAUGACUGGACACGGGUCUAGCUUGGUCGAGAGCAUGGAAACGCUGCGAGGGGCCAUGAACAGCCUGACCGUCACUGAGACGAACAUUGUGGUGUACUACGUGUACUCUCCGAGCAACCCUGGAACGAUCGUGGAGGCAUGUUCCGCGUUUCAGCGCUACUUCGAGUCGUACUGGAAAAGCCUGGCCUCUCAGAAGCUGGUGGCGCCGAAUGAGCUGGUCCUGCAACUUGUCUCGGUAGACUUGUUGUCUGCGCCAAGCUCACUGGUGGUGACGCCGGGCCAGGAGCUUAUCAAGCUGUGCAUGGAGACGUACGACCGUUGCACGCUGUUCAGUGGCCCCAUGCCUGCGCCCGCGAUCAGAUUGGAGCAGCAGCUACCGCGCAUCAUUGACUUUAAGUUGACAGUGUCGCCGUCAGCAUCGCUCAUGCGAGAAAACUCAGCCAUUCACGUGGCGUACGCGCAAAGCGUAGACGAGAGAUGGGUGACAGCUGCGUGGACGGACGACCGUGGAAAUCAACAAGAGACGGCCUCAUAUUGUCUAGGGCGAAAGGGACGACCACAAUCUCGCUCCAUGAACGAGGUCGCGCGCGAGAUAUGGGAGUCGACGUUGGAUCUCAUCUCGGCGUGGAAGGUCCAUUGGCGCAUAAACAUUACCAAGUGUGGGCCGAUGGACCAGCAGGAGAUUGACUGUUGGAUCGACCUGUCUCGAACCGAGAACAAUGCCUCAGUGGCGGUCAUUCUCAUGGCCGUGGACACGAGCCCCUCGCUGCAGCUUGUGCCGCCAGAAGUCAAGUUGCAGCCGCCUUCAGUGCCGUUUCAUACGACACCGGUGUCGACGCCACAAGCGAACAUUGUGUCCCCUGAGCAGAGCGGCACCCCUGCGACACCGGCACGGGAUGGCAAUGCCACUGCUGCUACGCCUGGAACAGACGGUGCAGGCGACUCAGAUUCCGACGCCGUUCUGGUGGAUGUCACGGACCAGACCUGGGGUGCGCUAGUUGGGCAUCGGCUUAACAAUUCCUCGAGCGUUUUGGACAUUCAUCCUGCACUUAUCAGCGGCUACCUGAUCAAGCGCACAGGGACGAGGAUAGAGGACGCCCCGGUGUUGAUGGAAGUCAACCUGGUGCAUACAGACGCCAGUCCUCGGGCAUACGAGCCGCUCCUUCGCGAAAUGCUCAGCCACUUUAGAGGACUAGGUACCCUGGCAAGGGCGAGAGGAGUGGUGCAAAGAGAGGCGGAUGUGCGCCCCUGGCACAUUGCUGCCGCUGAGAAGGGUGUGCGAGCCAUGUAUUUACUCAUGUGAAACAAAGAUGGGAGCGUUGUCGAAAGAGUCAUGACGAUACCUCGGGCGGUGGUUGAUGGAAAGGCAAGGCGUUGGCAUAGGUUUUUGUUUUUUGGUGGGGCAUGGCUUUGAGUUGGAGAGCAUUGUUGGACAGCAAUCCAUACAGUAUAUUAGAUGACUU